GUGUGAGGAGAAGAACCGCCGCCAUGAAGCUGCUCGUGCUGCUGGCGCUGCUGUGGCGCGAGGCGCUGUGCGGCUCUCCCAGCGUGCAGAUCGGCGGGCUGUUCCCCCGGGGGGCGGACCAGGAGUACAGUGCGUUCAGGGUGGGCAUGGUGCAGUUCGGCAUGGCGGACUUCCGGCUGACGCCGCACAUCGACAACCUGGAGGUGGCCAACAGCUUCGCCGUCACCAACUGCUUCUGCUCCCAGUUCUCCCGGGGGGUCUACGCCAUCUUCGGCUUCUACGAUAAGAAGUCGGUGAACACCAUCACGUCGUUCUGCGAGACGCUGCACGUGUCCUUCAUCACGCCGUCCUUCCCGGCCGACGGCCUCAACCAGUUCGUCCUGCAGAUGAGGCCCGACAUCAAGGGCCCCCUGGUGUCCCUGGUGGAGUACUACAAGUGGGAGAAGUUCGCCUACCUGUACGACAGCGACCGAGGUCUCUCCACCCUGCAGGUCAUCCUGGACACUGCAGCAGAGAAGAAGUGGGUCGUCACGGCGAUCAAUGUGGGAAACCUGAAAGACGAGAGGAAGGACGAAGCGUACCGCUCCCUGUUCCAGGACCUGGAGCUGCGCGGCGAGCGGAGGAUCAUCCUGGACUGUGAGCAGGACAAAGUCAAGGACAUCAUGGAGCAGGUCAUCACCAUCGGCCGCCAUGUGAAGGGCUACCACUACAUCAUCGCCAACCUGGGCUUUGUGGACGGAGACCUUUCUAAAAUCCAGUACGGCGGCGCCAACGUGUCGGGCUUCCAGAUCGUGGACUUCGACGACCCGGUGGUGGCGAAGUUCGACCAGCGCUGGGAGGCUCUGGAGGAGAAGGAGUACCCCGGAGCCGACGCCCGCAUCCGGUACACGUCGGCGCUGACCUACGACGCCGUGCACGUGAUGACCGACGCCUUCCGCUUCCUGCACAAGCAGAGGAUCGACAUGAGUCGCCGCGGCAACAGCGGGGACUGCCUGGCCAACCCGGCCGUGCCCUGGGCUCAGGGCGUGGAAAUCGAGCGCGCCCUCAAGCAGGUGCGUGUGGACGGUCUAACGGGGAACAUCCAGUUCGACCAGUACGGGAAGAGGAUCAACUACUCCGUAACCGUCAUGGAGCUGAAGAACAACGGGCCUGUGAAGAUCGGCUAUUGGAACGAGGUGGAUAAGAUGGUGGUGACGAAGUCCGACCUCUACCCCAACGACAGCAUGGCCAUGGAGAACAAGACGGUCAUCGUGACCACCAUCCUGGAAGCUCCUUAUGUGAUGCAGAAGAAGAAUGCAGAGCAGUUUGUCGGGAACGAUCGUUAUGAAGGCUACUGCGUGGAUCUGGCCGCCGAGAUCGCGAAGCACUGCGGGAUCCGCUACCAGCUGAAGAUCGUGGGAGACGGGAAGUACGGAGCCCGAGACGCAGAAACCAAGAUCUGGAACGGGAUGGUGGGAGAGCUGGUGUACGGGAAGGCGGACAUCGCCGUGGCGCCGCUCACCAUCACGCUGGUCCGGGAGGAAGUGAUCGACUUCUCCAAGCCCUUCAUGUCGCUGGGGAUCUCCAUCAUGAUCAAGAAGCCGCAGAAGUCCAAGCCGGGCGUCUUCUCCUUCCUGGACCCGCUGGCCUACGAGAUCUGGAUGUGCAUCGUCUUCGCCUACAUCGGCGUCAGCGUGGUUCUCUUCCUGGUGUCCAGAUUCAGUCCCUACGAGUGGACGCUGGAGGAGCCGGAGGACGGAGCGUUGCCCCUGACGACAGAGUCCACCAACGAGUUCGGCAUCUUUAACUCCCUGUGGUUCUCUCUGGGCGCCUUCAUGCGGCAGGGCUGCGACAUUUCGCCCAGGUCUCUCUCCGGGCGCAUCGUGGGGGGUGUGUGGUGGUUCUUCACCCUCAUCAUCAUCUCGUCCUACACCGCCAACCUGGCCGCCUUCCUGACCGUGGAGAGGAUGGUGUCUCCCAUCGAGAGCGCCGAGGACCUGGCCAAGCAGACGGAAAUCGCCUACGGGACGCUGGACUCCGGGUCCACCAAGGAGUUCUUCCGGCGCUCUAAAAUCGCCCUGUUCGACAAGAUGUGGCAGUACAUGAAGUCCGCCGAGCCGUCUGUCUUCGUCAAGAAGACGUCUGAGGGCGUCCUGCGCGUCAGGAAGUCCAAGGGAAAGUACGCCUACUUGCUGGAGUCCACCAUGAACGAGUACAUCGAGCAGAGGAAGCCCUGCGACACCAUGAAAGUGGGCGGGAACCUGGACUCCAAAGGCUACGGCAUCGCCACGCCCAAAGGAUCCCCAUUAAGAAACGCGGUGAACCUGGCGGUGUUAAAGUUGAACGAGCAGGGGCUGCUGGACAAACUGAAAAACAAGUGGUGGUAUGACAAGGGAGAAUGCGGCAGCGGAGGAGGGGAGAGCAAGGAGAAGACCAGCGCUCUGUCUCUCAGUAACGUAGCAGGAGUCUUCUACAUCCUGGUUGGAGGUCUGGGUCUGGCCAUGAUGGUGGCCCUGGUGGAGUUCUGCUACAAGAGCCGCGCCGAGGCCAAGAAGAUGAAGGCGGCGGCCACCACCGUGUCGUCACCGCAGCACACAGGAAACUACACACACACUCUGUCUUCUCCUCACCACGCCCCCUUCGCCCUGCUGUCGCCCGGCCGCCAGCCCGGCUUCGCCACCUACAAAGAGGGCUACAACGUUUACGGCGUUGAGAGCGUCAAGAUCUAAGACGGAUGAAAUUCACGGAUGCGAUGCGCUCCAAAGCUCGUCUGUCCAUCACAGGAUCGACCAGUGAGAACGGCCGCGUCCCGGUGGCUUACCUCCGCCCAGGAUUACCC